CCCCGAUAAGUUUUAUUUGAAGAUUUCCAUUUAAGUAUUAAUUCUUCACCAUAUUAAAAUAUUUUGAGUCGUUUUAUACAAUUGAACUUACUUGAGAGUUAUAGCCACACAGGAAAUUAAAAACGAGUAAAAUGAACACUUCCAAAGACCAGGAGAGCAACUUUACAACAGCAGAAGUUCACCCCUAUCUUUUUGCCACCGGAAUCGCUUAUUUCAUUUGUUUUGUUGUUGGCUCAAUUCUCAACCUCUCGGUUAUAAUUUAUCUCCUGGUCAACUUCCGGAAAAUGAUCUACGAGCGAUCUUCGGGAAUCCUCAUCCUCAGUUUGACAGUUUGUGACUUUCUGUUUGUGAUUUUGGCGUUUCUCUAUGCAAUACAACAUGUCACGCAAGAUUUCAUGGUGUUCGACAUCUUCUCUUGUCAACUACCUGGAUAUGAUAUUGCCCUGAUGCACGUGAACAUCUGGACUACUCUGGCAGUGUGUGUUCAGAGGCUGGCUGCCAUCAAGUGGCCCUUCGAGUACUCCCAGAUGUUUUCCAGGCAGAGAUGCAUUCUCAUAAUGGGGGGAAUUUGGGCUUCAUCUGCAGUGGUGGGUGUUCCGAUGGGGGUGUUCUACGAAUACAAGAAAGUCGAGGUGCCCGUAGAAGAAGAUCCACUUGCACCCAGUUUUGCCUGUUUUAUCAGAGGGGGCGACCUUCAAUUUCUGCUGACAAACAUCACUGUGUACAUAAUCGAUUUUCUGGUGCCAGCUGUUCUCGUCACUAAAUACUACUGGGACUUCACAGUUGAGGUCAGACGCAGGUCGGGCGGGGGAGGAGGAGGCAAUAAUCAAACAGGGGGCAGUGGGCGAGGGACAGGGACAGGGGGACGUGUGAGCUACAGCGCCAGCAUUCAGAUACCUAACGGCAUACCCCCCGCCGAUUCUCAACCGCAAACAGUUCCAGGAAAUCAAUCGGCGGCUCACCCGCUGGCAAAUAACCCAAAUGAUAUAAAUCCGUGCUUGGCAAGUUCCACGACCGACCGUAUCGAAAUUCAGCAAUCAAGAUCUCCCAAUCGGCUGCCGACGCCGUCAAAUGUAGCAAGCACAAGUUCAGCUCAGUAUAUGAACUUCAACAACAACCAAGUCAGUGACAACAAUAACACAAACAACAGCAGCAACAAUAAUCCGGGCAAUAUUUUGGCGCACGUGUUUCUGCAGCUAUAUGCCAGUGUUGUUAGUAUCAGCUGUUGGGUAUGCUUCACCCCAUUUUACAAUAUGAAGUUUAUCCAGAGUGUAGAUGCAAUGACUGGCUUGCACGUGUACCACUGGAUCAAACCGACCGGAGUUGGAACCUACAUCGACCGGACUGCAAUAGCUCUGACUCAUUUGAACUCCCUAAUCAACCCAAUGCUAUUUGUCGGGUUAAAAUUAUACAUGAAACACAGCCAGGAGCAACGUGCACUAGGUAACGCAAAUGCAGUCAUGAUGAACCAAAGGAAAAUCAGCGCCGCCGCUCGGUCGAAAAAGCUUUCAAACACUCGAUCUAACACAGAGAGAGGAUACAAAGGCGAAGCUGCAGUGCUGGAAGAGCGUGAUGCAAUCAGCCCUUUGCGAAGUAUGGACGAAAUAAGCACAAGUUUCUACAACAAUAGUGAACAAACUGAGGCGUGAAAAAUGGAUAUAUUCACCGAAUAGUCAAAACCGGGUCCGAAAUACUAGUUUUCUAUUUAUGUUUUUUUUCCGUUGUGCUACAUACGUUGUUCGUUUUAGAAGUGCAUGUCAAAAAUUACUAUACGCAAAGUCUGAAUGUUUUUCUCCUAAUAUGAUUCAUGAAACAAUUAUUUCGCAAAGAUUGAAAAGGUAAAUAUGCUCCAAAAAUCAA